AUGAAGAAUGAUAGCUGGGUGAAUCCUAAUGAAGGUACUUUUGUAAGUGUAUUAGCUGCUUGUAGUAAUUUAGCAGGUCGUGGAGAGGAAAAGCGAGUCCACCAAGGUACUCUCACCACGGAUGUGGAAGAGAGCCAUGCUGGUAUGAUGAAGUUAGGGUUGAAGUACUUUGAUAUGCUUUUGAGAGACGAGUGCAUAGAAGUAAGAGAUGAUCAUGAUACAAGCCUUGUCGAUCUCUGUGGUAGAGCAAGGAGGCUCAAGGAGGCAUAUGAUCUUAUAAAACAGCUCCCAAACAAAAUAUCAGCAGGUGUUUGGGGGGCUCUUCUUGCGAGGAUGCAACAUUCAUGA